ACGAAGAAAUUAAUUCAAAAAGGGCAGCAACACGAACAGGCCUAAGGAUAAAAUGUUACUGGAAACAUUCGGAUGAUGUUCUCCCGAACGCAAUCUAGAGCAGUUUAGUAUUAAAAGCAUGUCACUCCGUUUUCUGUUACAAAUUUAUACAUGACUUCAGUGCAUACACUUCAAUAUAGAUGUAACUCCGUAUUGGAGGUAUUUCUUUAUACCUUAAUUUUAUACAAUUAUAAUAGCUAUUCGUAAAGUACAUUAUCUUUACAAUACAUAAGAAGGAAAACAUGUGGAAAGUUGUAUUUCGUGGAAUCCGAGAAACAUUAGAGAGACGUGUUUGUCGCACCAACGUUUAUUCGCAGUCGUCGCAGGAUAAUGCGAAAAAUGAAGUCAAAACAAGCUUGACAUGCCAACAGAAAUUGCUUCCACCAGUUGUUAUAACUUGUGAUAAAGGUUUUUGUGGAUCGGCUAAAAACGCCGGUGCUAAAAGCAACAGACAUGGUUCUGAUUGGAAUACCAAGCAUAAUUGGUCAGAGGCUGUUGGCUGGUCCAGUAUACUGGCAGCUGGAUGGGUCGUAUGCCAAACUCUUUGCCUUCGCAAAAGAGUCUUUGACAAAGAUAGCAAUGAGACCUUGAAAAACAAAUUAUAUGAUCGCUUUGGAGUUUCAUCUAUACUUAUGCAAUUGUUAAACUUGCAACCAAGAAAAAUCCUACCUGUUACCAAUUGUAUUGGUACUAGUAAGAAUAACUCAAAAAAUCUGCAGGAUUCAGAUUCACAAUGGACUUCAGAGAAGUCAUUUGGUCCUAUCACCCUUGAAGAGGCAUUUAGAGAAGCUGCCGAUGAAUUUAAAAAGACCCAUAAAAUAGUGGUAGGAGAAUACGAACUUCGUUAUGGUAUUAAAGCAUUAGAGGAAAAACGUUAUGAAGAUGCUUUAAUGCAUUUUUCCGCGGGCGCUAAAUUAUCAUCUCCCGGAAGCAUGUUCAAUUUAGGUCUAUGUUACGAAUUAGGCAUUGGGACUUUGACAGAUCACGCAAAGGCUGCAAAAUGUUACACUGAUGCCGCCACCCAUGAUCAUGCCGAUGCGUUAUAUAAUUUGGGAGUUUUCCAUGCCCAAGGAAAGGGCGGUUUAAAAAUUGAUAUCGAUACCGCGCGCAAUUGUUUCAUCAGAGCAGCAAGAUUGGGUCAGGUACAAGCGCAACAUGCACUUGAUUUAGAAAAAGCUGAAAUUCAGUCGAAGAAAAAUAUUUCUACUGUACCAAAAACAAAUCUAAAAAAUUCAGGUUUAAAGAGCGAUGAAAAUGAUACACGCAUUAAAUUAAGCGAUCUCAUGUUAUACGCAAACAUUGACAAUACUUUCAGUACAAUCAAAAAAUCCAAUCAAAUAUUUUUAGAAUUUCUCGGCAUGAAACAACCUAGUCCAGCACCCAUUCUGAUAACUACUAGCGAUCAUGUACCAUUUUAAAAAGUAUAGAAAUACUUUUGUUACCUCAGUGUAAGAUCAAACGGAAUUAUGUUGAUAUAAAUGAUACUAAUUCCUACACGUAUUAUUUUAUACCAUUGCCAUGUUUUAUUUUUUUUUUUUAUUCGCGUGUUUUUACAGAAAUAUGUAUUAUUAGCAUGCGAUAUCAGUACAAAUAUUUGCUCAAUUGAAAGCAUUAUUUAGAAUUCUGCAGUAAAUUUGUUUCACAUUUUCUUGUAUUAUUUUCAUCUUUUACUUGCAAAGAAGCGUUAUUAUUUUACGCCCACCGCGUAAAGAUUUUUUUAAAAAUUAACAUACAUAAUUUUACUACGUGAAUAUAUAUAAAUAUAUACAUACAGUAUAUUGAUGUGAUUUUUUAAUUACUUUAUAUUUAUAUAUAAUGUAACUUAAUUCACGUUUUGACUGUGAUGCGUAAUUAAAACGAUUAAAAUAUAUAAAUAUAUGUAAUACGGGACAAUUGAAAUUUGAAGAUUGAAUGUUGUGUGUGUCUUCACAACUUCCUAAGAAAGGUAGUAGUAUAACAUAUGAUAGAUCAUAAUCGAUAUUUUUGUUAGAUAUAUGUGUUUCGUCGAUUCUUACAUUGGAAAAUCUCAUUUUACAUCUGAAAAUAUGUAUUAGGCUUAAGAUUUUGUAGCAUAGUUUGACAGAAACGAAAGUAAUGAUGAUUUUAUCAAUUUAUGUUUGUGCUCUGCGCAGUGCCGAAAGUAUAUAUAGUAUACAAUAUAAUACAAAAAUAUUUUUUUUAA